UCAAUCAUGGCACUGCUGCAUUAGUUCAAUUGGAUUUUUUUUUUUGAAUUUAUGUGAAACAGGUGAUUAACAAAAAUGGCAGUUCAGUGGCUAGUGGCGUUCGCGAUCAUUAUUGGCGCCUCGGCAAAUGGCGGCGAUUUCGACUUCCGGGCGUUCGAUUUCGGCGACGAAGAUACGGAAUUCUUCGGUGGUUCGUUCGAAAAGUCGUUUAGCGAUCACGAAACGUACUUCCCGACGGACUUUAAUCUGGGCAGUUUGAAUUUGGUGGCGGCCACGCCCAAGUUUGCGCGCAUGUCGACCUACGUCGAUCCGAGUGAGGUCAGGGUGGCGCGGAUUAAGCGGAAGACUGCUUCUGGGGAAGAGGGAGACGAUGAAGAGGACGAGAAUGGCCGGGAUGGGUCUUCCGAGGAAAAAAGCGGUGGAAGUGUGGAUGAUUAUGCCGAUCGGUACGAACAGUUUGUGAGUCGACAUUUCCGAGAUCGGGAUGAACAGAGGAAACAGGAUGAUGCUAACGGUGGCGGCGAUGGUGCCAGCUAUGAGUACCGGUUUGAUUUCGGUCCCUCGGAUGAUUACGAACGGAUCAAGCAGGAAUCGGAAGCGCAGAGUCGUCAGCUGGCGAAGGACCCGAAGAACUGUAAGGCGCGCGAGCAAGAUGGAAUGGUAUGCCACGUGUGUCGCGAUCCGGUCACGGAUACAACGUCGGAAUCGUGCUCGUACGCAACCGCCCCGCAUCACAACAAGUUUGCGUACGUAAAGCAGAAAAACUACAACAGCAAAGAUCACGAAAAGGAACCGGAAGGCGAGUCCGAAGAGGACGAUCGGGAUGUCGAUGAACAACAAGAAGGCAGUGAAGAGGUUACUCAACAGCCUGCCAAACCAAUCAAACGCAAAGAAAACAUACUGGUCAAUCUUCCGCCGAAGCCGAAGGUAACUCCAACCAAGAAACCGGUCGUCCAUCACAAACCAGGUAGCCCCAAGGCGACGGCCAACGGUGGAGGUUACCGCUACCAACCGGUUGACCCUCGGUCCAACAAGGAGCGUCCGCGAUCGGCACCGAUGAUUCAGCAUCCGACGUACUACGACUUUUACACACACUUCUUCCCGGCGGCGGCAGGCCGAAGCAGCGAAAAAAUUCGCCAGCAGCUGCCGGAGCAGGCCGCCAACGGAAGUGACGAGGUGUACGUGCUGCGGAGCAACCCGGACGAAGUGGCCAAGGUGCUGGCGGACUUUGAGAGUCGCGAUUGGUCGAAUUGUAAGAAAGGUAAAAAGAACGACCUCACCUGCUACACCUGCACCGACUCGGACGGCGUUAAACACGAGGAAUGUAUGUACGUUUCAGAGUCCCGCCAAGUUCCGGCCCGAAUCCUGCCAGCGGCCAGCACAACUCAACCAACCGCCACCGAAACCGUCCUGAAACCAACCAAAAAGACUUACCGAGGAAGUCACCCCAGCAAAAAGAAGGUCGACACUUCCCAGGAGCAGAAGAAACCGACCUCGCCCAAGCUGAGGAACAGCAGCGCUGGGAAACCCCAAAAGCUGGUCCAGCUGCUGGAACCGACGCAGCAGGAGCAAACGAGUCCCGAGGAACACCAAACGGUGAAGCGUACCGUUUCGAUCAUGAGUCACGUGGACGAGCGGGGCCCGGCGGUGCGGGGAGGCGGUCGAGUCAUGCACUACGAGCACCAGGUGACGCACACCGUGUAACGUGAUGGUUAUACAUUUAGUAUUUUAAGAGAAAAUAUAGACUUUCCUAUCGUAUUUCUAUUCAUUUCGGGUGCAACUUUUCAUU